AUGAUAUCCCCUGCUACAAACCCAGAGAUGGUCCACGUUGUCAGCAAGGCCGACAACCGCCAACACGCUGUGGUGAAACUUCCAUGUCUAGAUCAUAGCCUACCUUCCUCAUCGCUCCGUGCGCGACCAGUCCUUCUAGGAUUGACUUCCAAUAAUCUUAGCUAUGCCCGUGGUGGAGAUCUACUACAUUGGUGGAAGACAUAUCCAGUCCCACCCACCGCGCCGGCCCCAUAUAAUGAUCAAUCAUCCUGGGGUAUUGUCCCGGCAUGGGGAUAUGCUAUUGUCACUGAGAGCAACGUUCCUGGUAUUAUCUCAGGCUCCCUUAUCUGGGGAUACUGGCCCACCUCCACGUCGCCCACUCUCCUGUGCUUGGAACGCAGCAACCCGGAAGGCCACUGGGUGGAGGUUAGCAACCACAGACAACAGCUUAUGCCUAUAUACAAUCGCUAUGAACGGGUAUUCCCUGAUGAGGAAAAAGACCUUGAUGGGAGGGCAUGGAGCACGGUUUUCCGAGGGGUCUGGGUCGCCGGAUACCUGCUUAGUGAGUAUGUAUUUUCUCCUGACCCGCGCGCACGAGAACCAGUUCAUCCGCUUGGCGCGGUGAGUAAACUCCCCUGGUCUGCGGAUGAUGCCGAUCUCUUGAAUGCUGUUGUAAUGGUUCUGGGCGCGUCGACCAAGGUUGCACGGUCGUUUUCAUGGUGUCUUUUUGACCGGCCCAGGGAAAGUGGCCCCCUGGGUUUGGUACAGGUCACUUCAUCGCCUGGUGUAUUGCAGGAGGUGGUGGAUAAAAAAGGCUGGGAGGGACUGUCUAAGACAGUGGCAUAUACAGAAAUUGACCAAGCUACUGAGUGGAUCGAGGGUCUACAGCCAGCGAAGCUGGUGAUUGUCGACUGUGGAGCGCGGGACAAUGUCCUCAGUCAGAUAUGCCAGAGACUUCAAGAGUCCGCACUCCUAUCGUGCAAAACUGUCAUUAUGCAGGUGGGCAGUCAACAAAAGGUGUACACGGCGGACGAAGUCCAGGCUGCUCGUGCAGCUAUGGCAUCACUUGGAAAGAUCCAGUAUAAUACAUCCGGCAUCCAGGAUACAGUCAUCGACCGGGAGGGAGCUGCAACAUAUUUUGGAGAGGUCUCGCGCAGGUGGAAGGAAUGGUUAGCACACCGUGCUUCCGCCAUCCCUGACAUGCGCUUAGUCUAUGGGCAGGGCAUUGCUGGAGAUAAUGGGAUCUACGGGGGAUGGGAAAGUCUUUCCAAUGGCGCAGUAAGACCCGAACAAGGAUUGGUUUAUGUUCUGUAG